AUGGAUGAAGAAACCCUUGAGGCAGCCAUUGCUACCUAUGGUGCCCAGUUGCAGCAGGUAGAGACAGCUCUGUCUGCUGGCUUGGACCCCUCCCAGCAGUCAGACUUGCUCAAAUUAAAAGAGGACCUUUGUCAACUGAUAGAGCUCACUGAGGCUAGCCUGGUGUCUGUCAAAAAGAGUCGGCUAUUGGCCAGCCUCGAGGACAGCAAUGGCCUCCAGUCAUACACUUCAGAGGCAACAACUGACACAAGCCGUGCAAACGGCAGUUUGAACACUGAGUUUGCUGCUUUUUACUCUGAGCUGGGGGAGUCUUCAGGUAGUAGCUCUGAUACAAGAGACAGGGGCAAUGAGGGGGGUGGUGGAGUAGAGGAUGAAGGGGAGGAGGAGGAGGAAGAAGAGGAAGAUGAGGAAGAUGCACUCAGUGGUACCAGAGUAAGAGCACCCUACAGAACAACAUGGGGAACACUGGAGUAUCACAAUGCUAUGGUGGUGGGGGCAGAACCACCAGAUGGAGAAGAGGCACAAGUAAGAGUACUCUAUGUCUACCCCACCCAGAAGUCUAUGAAACCUUGUCCAUUCUAUCUAGAGGACAAAUGUCGCUUCCUGGAUAAUUGCAGAUUUUCUCACGGUGAAGUGGUGUAUGUGUCAGAGCUCAGAGAGUUCGUUGAGUGUGACCUCAGUAAUCUUGAAGAAGGCUCGUCCUGCUUGGCUCGGCACGAGGACAGCAUCUGGUACCCAGCAAAAAUCAAAGAUAUAGACAGUGGUUUCUACACUGUGAAGUUUGACUCACUGCUGAUGAAAGACGCUGUCGUAGAGGCUGAUGGUGUUAUUCCGCCUUUGAGAGAGGACGACCCGCUCUCCUCUGACUCUGACCUGGACGACACAGUAGAUGGAGAUGAUGUGGCCUAUGCAAAAGUUAUGGACUCUGCUGUAGAACCCACAGUUUUGUUAAAUACUGUUGAAUUUGGUGGCUGGGAGGCACAUACCAGAGGUAUCGGAUCCAAGCUCAUGCUCAAAAUGGGCUAUGAAUAUGGGAAAGGCUUAGGAAAGAUGCAGGAGGGUCGAGUAGAGCCAGUCAUGGCAGUGGUCCUACCCAAAGGUCAGUCUCUGGACCAGUGUGCCGAGUUAACCCAGAGACGCACCCAGAGCAAGGCCGCAAAGGACGGCACACUAACGGGCCGCCCAAAGAAACGCAGAAAGCCUCGGGUUGCCAAAGGGGGGCGCCACACUGUCUUUGACUUUCUCAACCACAAGCUGGGAGGCAAGAGCACCAGUUCUGCUGAGGGGGGUGCUGCUGCGCCGUCAGCAGGGACUGGAGUGGAGGCUUACAGGGGAGGGGAAAGCACAAAGAGGAAUCUGAAUGUGAAGCUGUUCCAGGCUGCUGAGCGGGUGUCCCAGACAGAGAGGGAGAUCCAGAAACUGACUGAGUCACUCAGCAGGCACGCAGGCAGGGGCACAUCCACAGUGAAGCAGCUGGAAGAGAGGCUGUCAGCGGCCCGCCGGCUGCUGGCCCAGCAGAAAGCCCAGGAACUGUCCAUCCAGAGAGAGCACAGGAAGGCUGACACACACAAGAAGAUGACUGAGUUUUAAGCUGAGUUCUCUCAAACACUUGGUGGAUAAAGGGAAGCGCUGCUUGCCUGAAAUGAACUUUUGUCCUUUGCCUGUUGUCAGUUACUUGCUCCACUGCAUUUUAAGGCAUUUUUUUUUUUUUUAGUAUUUUUUCUCACCACAUUAUGGAUUUGAGCUGGCGGUGGAGCCCACUUUAUGCAGAAUGGAUCAUUUCUGUUUCCCAUGUAUUUUUCAUGGACUGGAGAAGUGUUCUGUUCAGUUUUAAAUUGUACAGUUCACAGAUUUUUAUUUGUAAUGAACAUUUUGUAUUAGUGUAUAUUUCCAUCACUAAAAGACCAUGUGUUUGGA